AUGCCCAACUACAAAGGAAUCUUCACCAAGGCAUACUGGACAUUCGCCAUCCUGGGUAUAAUAUGGGCGGCCUUUGUAGGAUUGUUGAUUAAUCCCACAGUGCAAAGACACGCUCUCUACGCCCAUAAAUUCCAAACUUCCUUCCUACACAACGUUUCUAAUCCCGAGGAGUUUGGGUUCGCAAAGGGCCAGGUUCAGCCUUUUUGGCUUACUACUGCAGAUGAGGAGAAGCUGUUUUGUUGGCAUGUACUUCCUCUAGAUGUGUAUCUGGAGAAUGAACAUGAGCUUUUUACUUCUGCCGUUUCGGGAGAGAUUGCAGAGGAGUUGAAAGGGACGGUUGGGGAGAAGCUGUUGAGUAGCGAUCCGGAUAGUAAGGUUGUGGUUAACUUCCAUGGUAAUGCCGGCCACUUAGCCCAAGGCUACCGCCCCUCAACCUACCGCUCCAUCUCCGGUAUCCCAAGAACCCACCUCCUAACCUGUGAUUACCGCGGCUAUGGUCUGUCCACCCUAACCAACUACCCUCACAUCCCCACAGAAAGCGGUCUAAUAACCGACGCCACGUCUUUAAUCUCUUACGUCAACGACGACCUCUCUCACCCCAGCACCCGUACCGUCCUCCUAGGCCAAAGCCUGGGCACCGCAGUAACAGCAGCAGCCGCCCUCUACUUCACCCAACCAGCAUCCGAACUCAUUCCCGCCAUGUCGUACCCCUCCGCCAUGGCGAACUCCAAACGGAAGUUCGAUGGGUUUGCUGGCAUAGUACUAGUAGCACCUUUCACUUCUUUACCCCAACUCCUCAAGACGUACAAAAUCGGUGGUUUCCUCCCCGUCCUGAAACCUCUACAAUCCUACCCCAGAAUAGCAAAUUACCUUGCAUCUAGAAUCAUCGACCACUGGCCCACACUCCCCCGUCUCCGCGCUUUGAUCUCCGCGCCCUCCAGCAAGAAGAAUGGUUUCCACAUCACGCUCCUACACGCGCGGAAUGAUCAGGAUAUCACGUACUGGGAAGCUGAGGCCCUGUACGAACCGCUUGCUUCCCAGAUGUUGGGCGAAGAAGGGUUUGUGGCGGAAGAGGAGAGAAGGACGAUUCAUGGGGGAGAUAGGGUGAAGAGGGGGGCUUUUGCUUAUAAGAAGGUGGAGGAUGACAAGGGUGAUAGAAUGGUUGAGUUGGAGGUUGUGAGGUUCGGGGGCAUAAUGAGGUUGUGGGGUGGACGCAGGUUAGUCUUGCUGUCAGGAGGGCGUUUGCAAGGAGGACGCUGA